AUGCGGAUGACGUUGCAGCGAUACGACGUGGUAGUUCGUUACCGCAAAGGAAGCGAAAUGCACAUAGCAGAUUUGCUUUCAAGGACUGCCACAUCAGGGGUUCAAGCUUCGGAUAGAUUGCACGACCAAAAGGUAGAAGCAGCGCUUCAAGAGAUCCAAAAUAUCAACGUAAUGGAGUUCAUCAACAUCUCGGACGAACGGUUUGGAGAAAUUGCGAAUGAAACCAGAAAGGAUUGGACUUUGAGCAAAUUGAUGCGUUUGCUCGUCGAAGGAUGGCCCGAAAAGAAAGCUGAUCUAGAUGAUGAGAUGCACAGUUACUGGAAUAUGAAAAAUGACCUAUCAACGUAUCAAGGAGUUAUUUUCAAAAACGGCAGAGUGUUGGUACCCAGAAGCCUUCGAAAGAAACUGUUAGACAACCUGCACAUGGCGCAUUUGGGAAUCGACUACACUCUUCGAGCUGCCAGGGAGUCAUUUUUCUGGCCUGGUAUGAGUGAUCAAGUCAUCAAUUACAUAAGAAACUGCGAAGUUUGUAUGGAAUUUAGUGGACACCAGCAGAAACCUCCAAUGACUACGCACCAAAUACCUGAAUAUCCAUUCCAGCGGGUCAAUAUUGAUCUUGGUGAGAUCAAAAUCGACAACAAAAAGUUGAUCAUGAUGGUCACAGCUGACAGCUACUCGGAUUUCGUGGAAGUUGAUUUUUUGAAUGAUACCAAAACGAAAUCGAUUGUUAGUGCCUGCAAACGUAAUUUUGCACGGCAUGGGAGUCCCGAAGUAGUGGUUACCGAUAAUGGACCGCAAUUCGAUAAUGCGGAAUGGACUGAAUUCGCACAACAGUGGUUCCACUGUUCGCCCACGCAACCUCUUCGCCAUACCAUGCACAAGGCAAUGGAAAGUCUGAAUCGGCAGUGA